CGUCAACACUGUUACACAAGUCACCGUCCAGUCUCGACGAAGUCACCGUCCAUUGCCACAUCUCUUAGUAUGGCUUCGGCUCAUGACGAGGUGCAGCACUUACUGUCGCGCAUCGAUAAUCUAAACCUGCCACAUCCUUCGACGCCUCUCCUCUCAUCCUUCGUGACGGAGGCUGUGAACCCCGUGUCGGCCGCUCGUUACAUGAAUGGUAAAUUGUCGGCGGGGGAGGCUCGUUUAGUGGUCUCUGAUUGGGCCUACAUUAUUGAUUCCAUUACGGAGAACGGCCGUUCCCCGCCACCACCAGAUGCCAUCACUAGACAUGCCAUUACUAAACGAGACGGGGGCAAAUGCUGCAUUACUGGUAAGGAUGGCACCUUCUGGGACCCUCUCCUCGUCGCGCCCAUCCUGCCGUUUCCGUCUGGUUGGACCAAGGACAAGGACCGAAUCUUGGACAUGCUCGGUGCUUUCUUCGGUCCCCCGUACCGGGACUGGUGGCUUUCUUACGCUAGGAAUCCCGAGCACAUGUCGUGCUAUUGCAAUCACUGGCUAGUCCGAACGUCCGCAGCGAAGGCGUUUGCACGGGGGUCUGUCAGAUUGGACAGACUGCAGCCAUCAAUGGUUGAGUACGAGGUCAACCCCGUCCUCAUCGGACCAGAGGAUCCCAUUGAGGUUGACGGCCGCUUCCCCCUAUUGGGCGACCGCUCGCGUUCAGGCAUCGAGACAAUAGACCCGCGCUUUGUUGGAACUCACGCCCGACUCUGCAGGAGCAUUCGAUAUGUCGAGAUCGCCAAGAAAGUCGCACCAGAAAUCUUGCAACAACCGUCGGAGUCAUCGAACAGUCUUCCUGUACCGUAUUCCCCACGACCCACUCCACAGCGAAAAUCUGUCGCUCUUUCUCGCCUCUUUCCGAGUCACGCUUUCCUCUCUGUCUGGCUUAUGGUUCCAGACAAAUUCCGGAUAGCUGUCUAUGAAACGCUGCGAAAGCUCGGAGAGCGUCUCUACGGCAAACCCAACGACUACUCGACGGUGCAGAGGCUACCAUUUGGGCUCUAUCUAAAGUACCAGGGUGAGCCUGCUGGGUAUCGCAACGAGUUCAACGCCCUGCAGACAGUCCACCGGCAUACUUCGAUCCCUGCCCCCAAACCUCUUGACGUGGUUAUCAAGAAAUUAGACACGGACAGCCUAUUCCCUUCCGAAGCUUAUCUCCUCAUCACAAGGAUCUCAGGCAUGCCCCUCUCGCGCUGCCAAGACGUCCUCUCCGACGGCGACUGCAAGCACAUUAUCACCCAGCUGAAGGACUACCUGACGCAGUUGCGUGCCAUACCCAAGAAGACGCCUGUCAACGCGGACAUGGCUAUCUGCAACACGCUCGGUGAGGCGUGCAGGGACCCCCGCAUCCGGAGCGCGGACCCCAUGGGGCCGUUCCCGGAUGAGGUGGCGUUCAGCCAGGUCCUGCGCUUCUCGGACGACCCCGCCCGCCGCGGGCACAGGAUCGUGUUCACGCACGCAGACCUCAACCCUCGGAACAUCCUCGUUGACCGUGCCGUCUAUCCUGAUGGGAGCACCGGCUGGCGGGUGACGGGGAUCGUGGACUGGGAGAAUGCCGGAUAUUAUCCCGAGUAUUGGGACUACACGAAGGCGUUGUUUGAGGGAUUCAGGUGGACUCGGCGGUAUGUGAAUCUGGUAAAGGAGGUCUUUGCUGAGCUGGGUGACUAUUCGAAGGAGUUAGACGUCGAGACGAGGAGCUGGGAGUCGGGCGAUGGCGUAUAAGGUUGUGUUUGAGUCAGAUUUACUUGUACCGCAGCGACCAGUACAUACUACUGCAUUUACGAGUCGAGAGUUUGAUUCAUGUCUUUGGGUGUAGUACGGCCAUACAUUGUACACUACUUGUCUUCCUGUACGUUAUCAUCCCGUAAAGCAUGUCUGAGCCGUUCAAUUGAUGUCCAAGUCGCUUGCUUCUUGCGGUCGUGGUAU